UAGAAAGAGUUAAGCUCUCCUCAGGAGUAAAUCUCUCUCAAUCUGAUCAGUGUGUGAGGAGUACUAACUCACUACAGUGUGGAUACACAGGGUGCACUCACUGGGAGUCCAAGGUUUAUUCCAUUCUUCCGUGGCAGCGAGAGAGCACGAGAGACAAGGCAGCAUCCCGAAUAAAAUAAGUUGCAUCGCGUGACAAAGAAGAUUAAAGACAAAAACUGUGAUUUCCAUUUGUUCCUCACAGAUGAGUGGAUUCGUUGUGGAUGGAGACCGUUGUUAUCGUGCUCCCUGAUGUCUCCUUUCCAACAACAAAGAAGUCAACACAACCUUUCCUUUAACUGGCAUCACACAUUUUGAAGUGAAGCCAAACUCCUUCGUCUUACUGUCUGAACUGUGGAUGGAGAUUAUGAGGAACUCUCAGUCACUACACCUGUUCCUUGUUCCCAUCGUGUUUUCUUUACUUUCACUCCUCUGCCCUGCAUCCGCCAGCUCAGGGUCUAACUAUGACUACGGAGCCCACCCACGCUUUUUUUGCACCCCUAUUCCUGUGGAUGCAGACCCUGCAUGCUUCCCUCCAGGGGGUCCAGGCGUAGGGGGAGCAGGGCCCAGCGGACCAGGCCAUCAAAGUGCACCUCCCGCUGGCUGGUGGGGGGCGAGCGAAGAGGCCAAAGCCACCAUCCUUCACCUCAGGGAGAGCCUUGUCCAGCAGAAAGAGACCAUCCUGGACCAGAGGGAGACCAUUAGAGAGCUGACGGCCAAGCUCACCCUGUGCGAGGGCCUCGGACAGGGCGUGACGCCGCAAGACGAGCACCACGGCACAGCUGCCCACUCCCAUCACGCGGGGGUGGCCGGUCAUCACACGUACACUGACAACGGGCACUAUAGCAACCAGCAGGGUCACCAUGGACACCUCAUACCAGACUCACCGCACUACCCCUCUGUGGGGGGGCAGCGAUCUGAUGGGGGGCACAGCAGCAACCACCAGGGGACGGAUAAACAUGUGACACCAGAGGACCUCACAUCAUCACCAGAGCAGAUGGAAAGGAUGCUGCAGGCGCUGAAGGAGAGGCUGGAAAACCUGCAGAAGAGGAACACAUCUAUUACCUACUCCAGCUCUCUGAAGGAGCUGCUUCAGAGGAAGAUCAAUGCUCUGGAGCAGCAGCUGCACCACACCUCCGCCCUCAGCAACCCCAACACACACCGAGACGACAGAGACCAUCGCGAUGACGACAGAGACCAUCGCGAUGACGGCCAUCAUGAUGACGGCCGAGACCGUCACGACGGACACCGGAAUGACCACAAGUACGACCACAACGAUGGCGGUCACAGCGACAGCGCAAACCACACCGACCAUCACGAUGACAGCCACAAUGGCAACCACCGUGAUGUGGACGGUGACCAUGACGAACACACGAUGAUGAUGAUGGAUGAUGAUGAUGAUGAUGAAGAUGAUGAUGAUGAUGACGACCGCCACCACAGUAAUGAAGCAGACAGUCACAGUUACCUUUCACACACAGGAUACAGAGAACCAGGGCCACCGACUGGCUUCCACUCAAAUAAACUGGAAACAUUGCUCAACCAGCUGCACCUCGCAGGACCCAAGAGUCCCGAUGCCUUCCAGAUCAGCUUCCCCAUGAGAAGCAACUACAUGUACGGGCGGGUAAAGAAGACGCUGCUGCAGGAGAUCUUCGCUCUGACUUUGUGUCUUUGGAUCAAGGCGGGCGUGGGGCCCGGCCUGGGGACGCCAUUUUCUUACUCUGCACCAGGACAGGCCAAUGAACUGGUGCUCAUCGAGUGGGGGAACAACCCUAUGGAGCUUCUGAUCGAUGAUAAGUCUGUGACGCUCCCCCUUUCUCUGGGUGAUGGGAACCGGCACCAUGUCUGUGUGACUUGGUCAACAAGGGAUGGACAGUGGGAGGCCUACCAAGAUGGAGUGCAGCGGGGGUCUGGGAUAAAUCUUUCCCCCUGGCACCCUAUUAAACCUGGAGGGGUCUUCAUACUGGGACAGGAACAGGACACUCUGGGAGGCCGUUUUGAUGCCACUCAGUCAUUUGUGGGUGAGAUGUCGGACCUGCACAUGUGGUCCCAUGUCCUGACUGCCAGUGACAUCUACAGCCUGGCCUCCUGCGGCAGCCACCUCAGAGGAGAUGUCAUCGCUUGGUCCGAGACAGAGGUAGAACUUCAUGGAGGAGUCGCCAAAUACCCCUUUAACCCGUGUCACUGAGAGGCCGUAACUCCAAUGAAGAAAAAGAAAUUGGAGAUAUCCUGAAACAUACGGAGAACAUUUAUCAUAUAUCAAAAAGUGCAAGAAUAAAACAAACGUCCCUUUGACUUUCAGUUAUUUUUCAGGAUGAUGACUCAGUGGCACCAACUCAAUGCCUUCCUUUAAACGUCAUCAGUGACUUUUUCUUUAAAAAGAAAAAUAAGUCUAAUCUGUGUUUACAGAGACUGUGUAGGGACUUAGGUGUCUUGGGCUCAAGGUUUUGGCCUUUACUGUUAUCAUGAGCUAGUGUUUUAUUUUAAACAGACAAGUGCUGUAUGUGACAUAUUGUCAUAUUGUUAAUAAGACUUAAUAAUGUAGGGUCUGUGAUAAAAUUAGCAGACCUUACAUAGGUUCUGUUGUGGUGAAGUGAGAAACUGUAUGUUUAGUUUGAAGGAUACUUCUAGAAAUGUGUUGAGAAAUAAAUUUUUAAUCUGGAUGCUCCUUUUGUUUUUGUUUUUUUUUGGUUUUUUUUAAAAGGUGUCAACAGAGAUACAGCUAAUUUACCAAAGAAAAUGUAGAAUUGAUGUGUUAAACUUUGUAAUUUUAAUAAUCUAUGUCUCAUAGAGGUUUUAUUUUGCGAGAAAAAGUGAAAAGCCUGUCAGACUUUAAGUGUUUUAUUUUUUAAACUUUUAUAUACUCUGCAAUGCAUGUUUGAUCACUGAAUAAACUGAGAUGCAUCACUUUUCUCCCAAUAAAUUGUUCUUUCUGAAAUCA